AUGGGAGUGUUCAAUAUCCUUGAGAAGCCCGUCUUUAGCAGCCGUUUCAAAUUCCCUAUCCAUAUCGCUCAAGUCGUUCUCGUUAUUCUCGCCAUCGCCCUUACGCUUCCUCGUCUGUUCAUUACCAAUGUUCCGCGCACACGAGCAAGCACAUAUGCAUUGGGCAUGAUCAUCGUCGCAGGAAUCUGCAUCAAAGAAUUCCGCGAGUGGAAAAGUGCAGGAAAGCCAAAGUCGACGAAGCAGCAGCACACCCGUCGCCCCGCAUUCGACGAAGAGGAAGUCGUUCAAAGCAGAGUCGAGCGCCCGAAAGAAACGCCAGUCCAAGCCGCCGAACAAGCGUACUUCCAGUCUGAGCGACGACACUCCCAACGCAGCCACUCCAGGCAUCACGGCGAGUCACUAUGGGAGACUCAGCGUACUCCGCGAUCCCCCCGAAAGGAGCGUCAACACCAUUCUCGUCGCUCUGGAGACCGUACACGCGAGCGGGAACAGCCUUCUAUGCAUGAGAUGGAGGAGCCACGUUAUGCUGAACAUCAGCAAUAUACGCCAAGUGAGCCGCGGUACUAG